AUAUCAGUUGUCAAGAAUUUUUGUAUUUAAAAACAAAAGUUUGAAACUUUUCCAAUUUUACAUGCAGAAGUAAAGUGCCUAAUCGUAUGCCCGUAUGAUAUGGAAGUAUGGAACGGGUAAUUAUGGCUCAUCGUCAUCCAUUUUCUAAUGGCUAGCGCCUCCACAGACGCUACCGGCGUCCCUAUGUCUUCCUCCUUUCGCCGCUUCUGGCCCUCAUACACUGUUUCGCGUGCCACUAUUUGCAGCAAAGGCGCCGCCACCGCCGCAACGACCGCGGCGCCCCUCCUCUCCGAGAACGUCAUUCCUCAUUGCUCAGUGGAAGUCAUCGGCGGGGCUCGAGAUGCUUUCCUUCCCUUAUUGAAAUCCCUUCACAACAAUCCCUAUCAUCCGUACCCUAUCAUUGGCUGGAAUCGGCACAUCGAGACUGUUUACGCCGCCUUCUUCCGGUCCCUCCCCGAGGUCAAGCUUCAGCGCGAGUGUCUGCGCACCAGGUGCGGUGGUUCGGUAUCCCUCGAUUGGGUUUCCGGAGACAAUCGCCGGCUUCCCUCGGAUUCUCCGGUGCUCAUCCUACUGCCGGGCCUGACCGGGGGGAGUGGAGACACUUACGUUAGGCAUAUGCUGGUGAGAGCUAGAAGUAAAGGCUGGCGAGUUGUGGUGUUCAAUAGCAGAGGCUGUGGAAAUAGUCCGGUGACUACUCCUCAGUUCUAUUCAGCUUCAUUUCUUGGUGAUAUUGAUGAAGUGGUGAAACAUGUCAGCAGUCGCUAUCCAAGUGCCAACUUAUAUGCCGCGGGAUGGUCUCUUGGAGCAAAUAUACUUGUUCGAUACCUUGGGCAGGAAUCUCAUUCUUGUCCUCUUUCUGGUGCUGUAUCGUUGUGCAAUCCCUUCAACUUGCCUAUUGCAGAUGAAGAGUUCCGUAAGGGAUUUAACAUUGUUUAUGACAAAGCACUAGCAAGUUCUCUCCGCAACAUUUUAAAAAAGCAUUCUCUUUUAUUUGAAGAUAUUGGGCACAAAUAUAAUAUCCCUUUAGCAGCUAAUGCCAAAACUGUCCGAGAAUUUGACGAUGGCCUGACUAGAGUUUCAUUUGGAUUUAAGUCAGUGGAUGAAUAUUAUUCAAACUCAAGUAGCUCAGAUUCAAUUAGAGAUGUCCGCACUCCCUUACUUUGCAUUCAGGCUGCAAAUGAUCCAAUUGCUCCAUCGAGAGGGAUCCCGCGUAAAGAUAUUGAGGAAAACCCAAAAUGUUUGCUGGUAGUGACACCACAAGGAGGGCAUCUUGGAUGGGUGGCUGGUUCGGAGGCCCCAAAUGGAGCUCCAUGGACAGAUCUCAUUGUGAUGGACUUCCUACACAAUCUGGAGCAAGCUAAAUCUUCCGCUCAUUAUUUGGAAGCCUUGAAUGGAGGCGGCAGUGUUGCAGGCGUGCCAACAGUUUCGUAGAUGGCGAUGACGAUGAAAAACACACACUUCAUUCUUACGAACAACCAUUGACAAUGUCGUGAUUCACAUCUAAAAGUUCGAACGCCAUUGUUUUCCUACUAAAAACACUUUUUUUUUCUUUUUGCCAUUUGCUGUUGCUGAUAAUGAACAAGCUGUUGUACG